AUGGGUCCGUAUGAUAUAAUGGAAAGAAUUGGACCAGUCGCUUAUCGACUUACUCUACCCUUGACUCUAUCGAACCUCCACGAUGUAUUUCAUGUAUCGCAACUCCGUAAGCAUGAGCCAGAUCCCUCUCAGGUAAUGCCAACCGAAGCUGUCGAGGUUCAAGAAAAUCUUUCGUACGUUGAGAAACCGAUCAAAAUUUUGGAUCGUAGGGAUCAAGUCCUGAGAAACAAGUCAAUUCCCCUUGUGAAAGUUCUAUGGAGAAACCCGGUUGAGUGGACAGUCCAGGUUGCUGCUGAUAAGGAUGAGUCGACGGGCCAAGUUGUUGUAACGCCAUCAUUUGUCUAUUCAUCUGCUCUUGUCAUGCCAUCAUUUGUUGUUGCCACUAACGUAGUUGCACAUUCUCAUUUUGCAUCUUUGUCACCUGGGUCCGAACAAAAUGCAGCUUCUCGUCCAUCCGAGUCUGAGUGGAAUGUUCAUGUGGUGUACAUGGGAGAGCGGCCUAAAGGAGAUGCGCCUCUUGCAUCUACGCACCAUUCCAUGCUGAAAAACGUACUUGGAAGUGGUUCAUCCACCAAAGACUCGCUAGUUUACAGCUACGGAAGAAGUUUCAAUGGAUUCGCAGCUAGGCUAACCGAUGAAGAAGUUGUCAAGCUUUCAGAAAUGAAUGGGGUGGUAUCAGUGAUGCCGAAUCACAUACUAAAGUUGCACACAACAAGAUCUUGGGACUUUAUGGGUUUUAAAGGCAAGCUUGGAAGCUCUAAAGAAGGAGAUGUCAUCGUUGCACUUUUGGACACUGGAGUCUGGCCCGAAUCAGAUAGCUUCAGUGACGAAGGCAUGAGCCCGCCACCAGCUAAAUGGAAGGGGACUUGCAAAGCCACUAAUUUCACCUGCAACAACAAGAUCAUUGGAGCCCGGUACUACAACAGCGACAACUUCUACGACAUCACUGACUUCAGAUCGCCAAGAGACUCCAUCGGGCAUGGAACUCACACUGCAUCCACCGCAGCUGGCAGGGAGGUGGCUGAUGCCAGCUACCUCGGCCUAGCCAAAGGAGUUGCGAAAGGUGGUGUCCCCGGCGCCAGGAUCGCAGUGUACAAAGUUUGUUGGUCUUUCGGGUGUGGCCUUGCAGAUAUACUUGCAGCAUUUGAUGAUGCAAUCGCGGAUGGAGUCGACAUUAUCUCUGUUUCCCUCGGAUCAGACUGGCCAGUCGACUACCUAGAAGACCCUAUUGCCAUUGGAGCUUUCCAUGCCAUGAAGAACGGAAUUCUGACAUCCAAUUCUGCAGGAAAUUCAGGACCCUUUCCGGUAUCAGUAUCCAACUUCGCGCCAUGGACGUUAACAGUUGCCGCCAGCACCAUUGACAGGAAGUUUAUUGCCCAAGUUGUUCUAGGCAAUGGACAAACUUUCACUGGGCUCUCCAUUAACAGCUUUGACCUCAAUGCAACCACAUAUCCUUUGAUUUGGGGAGGAGAUGCUGCAAACUAUACCAUUGGAGCUGAUUACACAGCUUCAGGACCAUGUCUUCCCGAGGCGAUGAAUUCGUACCAAGUGAAAGGGAAGAUCGUUCUUUGUGACGCGUACCCUCAAGGUUUUUUCUCUGAUGGAGCCGCCAUCCUGCUAGCUAAUGGUGUCGGUACCAUAAUGACAGUGUCCGAUCCCAUUUACACCGAUUUUGCCUUCAGUUACCCGCUGCCCGCAACACUAAUCAGCGUGGACGACUGGGCGAAAAUUUUGGAAUACAUUAGAGCAACAGACAACCCCUUCGCAACCAUUCUACUGGGUGAGACUCCUAAGGAUGUUGUAGCACCUGUUGUCGUCUCAUUUUCUUCAAGAGGACCUAGUCCUAUCACUCCAGACAUUCUCAAGCCUGAUAUCACUGCCCCUGGAGUCGACAUCCUUGCAGCUUGGUCUCCGGUGGCUCCACCUUCCAUCUACUAUGAUGACAAAAGGAGCGUAAACUACAAUAUAAUCUCUGGCACUUCGAUGUCUUGCCCCCAUGCCAGUGGCGCUGCUGCCUAUGUUAAAGCUGUCCGCCCGAACUGGUCUCCAGCCGCCAUUAAAUCUGCGCUCAUGACCACAGCUUAUGUCAUGGAUCCAAGGAAGCACAAAGAUCUUGAAUUCUCAUAUGGGUCCGGUCACAUUAACCCGGAGGCUGCAGUGAAUCCCGGACUAGUCUUUGACGCAUCAGUGGAAGAUUACAUUAACUUCCUCUGCAAACAGGGUUACAACACAACAACUCUAAGACAAAUCACCGGGGACAAUAGCACUUGCAGCAGCGCAAUUAUUGGCAGAGCUUGGGACCUCAACUAUCCUUCAUUCUCUCUAUAUGUGUUGGAUGGCCAGGAGAUCAAUGGCGUUUUCCCCAGGACGGUAACCAAUGUGGGUUCGGCAAACUCGACUUACACAGCUACUAUGUACAUGCCGGCAGAUAUCACUGUCACGAUUGAACCUUCGGUUCUCUCUUUCUCUGCUGUCGGAGAGCAAAAGAAAUUCACAGUGACAGUAAAGGGACCAGAAAUUGCCCAACAGCCUAUCGUGUCAGGCGCGAUCGUCUGGAGCGAUGGAGUCCGUGCUGUGAGAACCCCACUAGUGGUUUAUAACUAUCUCCCGGGUGCUCCUUAUAACCUUGAGAGCGACUCCACAACUAAUAAGAAGGCAACCUUUAGAGGUUCUUCUAUAUUUCACAAGAAGUUGAUUACUGGAGACAACUAA